AUGGACGACACGUCGUCACAUCGCCCGCUGGGCGCGCAGAUCGGCAAGCUCUCGUGCGGCACGCAGCGCUGGAUGAGCACGCCCUCCUCGGCGUCGGCGUCGUGGGCGAGCGCAAGCAGCGCCGCAACCAGUGCUGGCGCCGACGCGUGGAAGCAGGCCUCGUCGUUCUUCGUGCGCAAGUCGGACGAGCGACUGCCGCUGCUGGCCGACCUGGAGGCGGGCUCCCUCGGCUCCGUCGCAAUGCGAGUAAUGGGGCGAGGCGGGAUGGGCCCGCCCGCAUCGCGGCUGCAGUAUUGGUGCCGCUGCUGGUGCCUGCCUGCCCUCUCAUAUCGGCAGCGCAUCGUCGGUGCAGCCUUUUGCUUCGUAUCGGGCCUGCUGAUGCUCGGCUCCUCGCUCCUCUCGCUCACCUCGCUGCUCCUCGGUAGCCCGGGCCCGUUUGCAGUGAAAUACACACUGGGGAACCUGCUCUCGAUUUGCGCGAUCGGCUUCCUUGUCGGAUGGGGCAAUAUGUGCCGCUUGAUGUGCUCGAGGGAGAGGCGGGUCGCGUCGCUCAUCUACCUCCUCUCGCUGUGCGGCACGCUGCUCGCCGUGCUGCGGCUGCAGUCACAGCUACUAGUCACGUUUGCUGUGCUCGUCCAGGCUUCCGCCUGCUGCCGUUCUGAGCACGUGAAAACUCCUGUGGCGGAGGGCCAAAGGCAUGCCGCAUACGAGCGUGUGGAAUGCCUCCCCCUUGCCCUCGCCGCCUCCACCGUCAGCCUCGCGGCCACCGCCUGCCGUCUCCCCCUACCCACGGCCGCCCUCUGCCUCACCCUCACGUCCGCCAACAUGGCCUACCGUCUCCCCCUACCCGCGGCCGCCCUCGGCCUCCCCCAUCCCGCCGCCACCCUCACGUCCGCCAAUUUGGCCCAACGUGUCUCCGUCACCGCCGCCACCGCCAUCUGCACCGCUGCCCUCCCCUCCUCCACCAUCCACCUCGCCUUCCCCUCCGCCGCCUUCCGCCUCGCCCUCCCCACCGCCAGCGCCUCCGCCGUCCCCGCCGCCACCCUCACGCCCGCCGAUCUGGCCCAACGUCUCUCCGUCACCGCCGCCACCGCCAUCGGCGCCGCCACCACCUCCUUCACCCUCGCCGCCGCCCGCGGCGCCGCUACCACCUCCACCGCCUUUGCCACCGCCCUCUCCAUCACCGCCCCCGCGCUUGCCGCCGCCCACCUCGCCGCCCACCUCGCCGCCCACUUCGCCGCCACGCGACUGCCGCCCGUGUACCCGCCGAGACUGCCGCCCGUGUACCCGCCGACGGUACAAGCCGAUCCCGGAGCGCCCCGUAUCGGUAUCGCCAUCGCGGGCUCGGUAGUGGGAGGGCUCGCAGCCCUAGGCCUCGGCAUGGCUUGGCACUACCGAGCCAGCUUGAGCAGGCUCGCGCUGCGCAACCGAGGCAGGGAGCCGGUGCCGGUGAGCCGAACGGACACAGAGUUGGAGCUGAGUGAGUUGCGGCGGGCGAUGGGAGCGGCGGUGCAGCACAGCGGCCUCGGCCUCGACACCGUACACACGGAGGACUCCUUUACCACGUUGAGGGGAGGCAGGUUCGCGACGGGGGCGCACGAGCUGGUUUUUGGACGGCCGGCGCAGGCUGCGCUGGGCAUUAGUCACUAUCUACUGGUGCCAGAGGGUCGACUGCACCGUGGUCUCGCCGAGGGCACCGCCGCAAUCGCCAGGGAGGUCGCUGCACUGGGGACACCGGCCGCGUGCGAGUGCCUCGAGUAUGUGCUGCACGCCGAGGCGGGCUCAAGCGACCUCACCUACCAGGACGGGCUGAAGCGCGACUGCGAUGAAGACGGCAACGUGCUCGAGUGCCGGACGAUCCGCUUGGCAGCGGAGUACACUGUGGUGGCGGAGGAGCGAGCGCGUGGUAGCGACACGGCGGCCGCGGCGACGAUCCAGCAGUCAUUUAGGCGGAGGCGUGGCCAAAUAGUGAAUGGCGUGCUCCCGAGAAGACCGUCCCGGCGAGGGAUGCGGCUCGCGGACUUUGUCAACCACCCUUCAGCCCGGCUCGCCAGGCUCACGGAGGCACAAGUGGUUGCGCUGCGACUGUACACCACGGCCGCCUUCUCCGCCAUCAACGACCCCAUGCGCGACCAAGAUCGGUACGAGCGCGGAGAGCCGCACCCGUUGCCGGUGACGGUGGCCAAUUUGGGCGAGGCGCUCAGAAAGCUGCGCGCCGUCGAGGCGGAUCUACACGCCGGCACGGCCAUGCAGCGGUUGUGCCUCUACCGCGGCAUGAGAAAUGUCACGGCACCGGCCGAGUUCAUGGCGCGCGGCGGCACUGAGUUGGCGCCCAUGAGCACGACCUCCGACCUCGAGGUCGCCAUGCGCUACUCGGCCAGCCGGAGGGCGGUGCUGCUGCGGCUCAUCACCGAGUCCUUCUAUGAGCGCGGCCCGGACAUCUCUUUCGCUUCUGCCUUCCCCGCCGAGGCGGAGUUCCUCUUCCCGCCCCUAACAUACCUCCAGCCCACGGGGCACGUAGAAGUCGUCCUCAUCGAGGGCUUGCAGUACGAGGUGGUCGAUGUCCGCCCUCGGAUAUGA